UACUCGGUCGCCAUAGCAACACUUACCAAACAGACUGCGGCGAUAGCUGCUGUGUUUUUGCUAUCCUCAUCAUUUUAGUAUUUUAUAAGUGUGGGUAACUUUUAUACAGCAUACUCUGAAUAUGGAAGAAGUUGUUAAGGAUCCAGAGGAGGCGCCUGAACCGUCUGUGUCGGAAAAUGAAGAGGCUAAUAACGGGGUCUCCAUACAGCGCCAGUCUGAAGAAGAGGAAGAGGUGGAGGAAAGUGAACUGCUACCCACUCAGCGGAUAAUCAACCUGCAGAGAGAUUUGACGACAUCAGUGACCAACAUCCGAACUGUGGCUGAUGCGAAAGAAUCACUGCGAAGGACUGAGUUGGAGGAAGCUCGCAGAAUAAGAUUGGAGCAGCUGGAGAAUGAUGUUAAGUCCAGCCAGGAAAAAUUUGAGGAGAUCAGCAGAGGUUGGUCGAUGGCUAAGCAGAAGGUGAUUCCACAGGAGCUGCAGGAAGCCUUGAACAGCCAGCAACAGUUGUGUGCUGAGCUUGUAGAGGACAAGAAAAAACUCAUAAAUGACCUACAACAGGAGCUGAAGAAUGGAGACGAUUGCUAUGUUAAGGACUUGAGGAAGCACGCGGAGGAGCUGGAUGUGAUGAUGGAGAGGAUGGACGAGCAGAUCAAAACCCUGACACAGGCCUACAGGGAGGAGCUGGCCCAGACUGAGAGUGUUUAUAAGCAGGAACACGAGAUCUUGCUUACAAGACACAGGACCGAUUGGGAACAAUACGUGGAGGAGCUUACGGACAAACAGCAAAAGAGGCUGACGGAGAAGAGGAAGGAAGUGGAGGAGUAUGAGGCAAAAAUUCACAACCUGAUGAUGGAAACUAUUGAUAAGUCCUGCGUCGUCGACUUAGGAGAGGCUAAAAAAUUUCAGGUUUUGGAGAGGGAACGUCAAUAUAUAAAGGCCAACUACAUGAUCGUAGAUUUGAAACAUCAAAAGCAAAAGAAUAACACAGUAGUACACAAAGUCAACCUGGCCCAAAUGAAGACCAGAAUCCUCAGUCUGCAGACACAGGUGAAAGACCUACAUAACAAGUAUACCAGACAGGACCAACAAUUUCAGAAGAAGAACCGGUAUUUGUCUGAGGAAUACAAACGUAACUUCCAGCAAUACGAACGCAUACAGAAGAAAAUUAAGCACUUUGCAGUUGUGGAUGCCAAGAAGUUUGAGGAUAUGUGGCUAAUGAUUGAAGCCGAGGUGAAGCAACUAGUGGAGGGAGCUUUGCUCAUUGACUCGCUGAUCUACAAGCAGCAUCUUGGUUUACCCUGGGAGAGACCUCCUAUGGCCUUCAUGGAUGUCUCUGGUCCACUCCAACCUCAGAAACAGGCCCAGGGGCCCACCUGCCAGGCUGUCUCCCAGCUGUUUCAAACUGGGCAGGCUGUACAGUGUAGCCAGGGGAUGAUGAUGGAUGCCUCAGCUGGGAGCACUGACGCUGAGAGCACGGACGUGGAAGCGUGCAGGGAAGGGACAGCGGUGGAGAGUGGGAGCGCUGCAGAGGAGGAAGGGAAGGUGUCGAUGGAGACGAUGAAGACGCUUAUGGAGCUGCUAUGUGAUGAGUCGGGCUUCCUGAUGGAAGAUAAACUCCUGAAUCUGCUGGCUCGCCUGCAGAAGGAUGAACAGACUGUUGUGAGGCUGGGCUCUCUCCUUAGUACUUUUGGCAUUGAUGAGGCAGAUGUGCCCAAAUUGGCUGAUUUCUUAUUAAAGUACCAACAACAGCAGAGAGAGCUGACUGAGGAUGUUUGUGCUGAGUUGGGUGAAUCCUCCAGCAUGCAUCCUAACCAUGUCCUGCCUGCUUUUAAGAGUUUCCUAAAGCAGCACAUGCAUUACAGGGAGAGCUCAGCUGGCCAACAGCCCAGCUUUCUGUGUGUCCGGGAUGCUUCAGAGGAUGAAGCCUACUGGGAGAGUAUGGGCAACAUCAUCUCUGAGGACAAAGUCAGACUCUGGGAGGCAGCAGAGAACAUACUAAAAAAGCACCUCUCGGUCCUGACAGAGAUCUCCGAGCUCACCACUGAGACACAGAGUCUGAGGCAGCAGAACACAGAGCUGCGGAUGUUGCUGCAACAAUCUCUCAACUCAAGAGUCAGCACAGAGUUGGAGAUUCAAUAAUCUUCAAUCAGCUUUGAAUCAUCCCAACGGAAACAGGACAUUGUUGAAGAGCUUGUGGCUGAGCUCUGAGGGCAGAGAGAAGAAGAGCAGAACCAGGAAGAGUACGACCAGCA